GCGGACGGGCGGGCCGGGCCAGGCCGGGCCGGGAGAUGCCGCGGCUGCUGGAGAAGCUCCCGGCGGGGCGGGCGCUCGAGUUCCUUCAUAAAGUAGUUGAUGGCAUCUGUGGUCGUGCGUAUCCUCGAUACCAGAAUUAUGGCAGCGUUUGGAGCUUGUCAGAGUGGAUGGAGGUUUUAGAAGAAACUAUGAUGUAUUUCAAAACUGCUGUCGGCAAAAAUAUGUCUGAUGAAGAGGCUGCUCAGCAGAUAAUUGAGUUAAAUUCAGACUAUCAAGAAGCAAUCACAAAAUGUCUGAAAGGUAGAAAGGAUGAAAUCAGGAAUGCCCUAGUAGAAAAUGUACAUGCAAUCUCUUCUGCCCAGCUGCAGGAUUUUGACUGGCAGUUGAAGCUUGCACUCUCCAGUGAUAAAAUCUCCAUGCUGCAAAUGCCACUCCUCAAUCUUGAUUUGGAUGUGAGAGAAAAUGGUGAAAUGAAGCCAAUUUCUAUAGAGAUGAAUAAGGAAGAGUUGCAGAACCUAAUAAAUGCGCUGGAAGCUGCUAAUAAGGUAACUUUUACUGAUUUAAUCUUUUGUUCCUAACUUGUUAUGUACUGAUUUAUUUUAAGCAGAAUUCAUAGAAUCAUUGAAUAGUUUGGGUUGAAAAAGGAUCUGUAAAUGAGGAUCUGAAAUGAGCAGGGGCAUUGUUCGCUAGAUCAGGUUGCUCAGAGCCCUGUCCAACCUGACCUUGAAUGUUUCCAGGGGUGGGACAUCUGAAACACAAUGUGUGUUUCACCAUACUCAUUGUAAAAACUUUCUUCCUAAUAUCUAGACUAAAUCUACUUUCUUUAAUUUAAUAUGAUUACCCCUAUUCUAUGCUGAAAGAUUGGUAAGAACUACAAUGUUUCCCUCAGCUUUGCAAAACGUCGGUGUCUGGGAGUUACUUGGUUCAUAUUAAGUCCUUUAAUGUCCGUGGCAUAGUAAAUCAGGAAGAAAGUUACAAAGAUUACAGUAUAGUAAGAAGAGAAUUUCAAGUGAAACUAUAAGGCUUUUGAGACACUGAAGGUCUCAGAUUUCUUAAUAGAAAAGGCUAAGGAAAAUGAGGAUUUGAAGAAAAUGGUGUUUGCAUGAAAUUACAGCCCUUAAGAGCUUUCACAGCUUGCUUCUGGAUGGAUUUUCUUCCCUGCAAAACUAAAUAAAAAUAGUAGUGAGCAAGGAUUCUUCCAGGACGGACUUCAGUGUUCAUGUGCCCUUUGUUCUGCUUGAGGGUCUGUAUGGAACCUGUGGGAUGUGGUCAUCUCCAUACUUAGUUCUGUGGGUACACAAGGAGGAAUUCACUUCAUGUCCCCAGCUCUGCUUUGUGCAGAAGGAAUCUCACUGGAUCUGGACUUGCUAUUCUACUUUUUGAUUUCAGGCAGCUGAAGAAUGGCUUGAGAGUGCAGUAAAGGGUAAAGAAAGUUACUUUAAGUGACGGCUGUGUGAGAUUGUAAAAGAGAUUUGAGAGAGGAAUGGUGUGCUGUGCAGAGGAAAGAAAUGCUUAUUCAGUUGCAUAUUGUACUGAAACAGAAAGCAAAAGGUUUCAUUUCAUAGGCUGCUUAAGUUUUGGUCUUGACGAAGUGUAAUCCAAUUCCUUUUCUCCUUU